AUGGUCUGGUCUGAACCCAACAACUCUCUCUCUCUCUCUCUCGCUAUAAAGUUUUUAGCUUUAAAACUCAGUGUCAGGUUUUGGUGGGAUAAUUCUGGUAAAGAAGCAAAACGAUGGGGGACGAAGCAAAGAUCUUCACUCUUUCUGAAGUUUCAGAGCACAAUCACGCUCAUGAUUGCUGGAUUGUCAUCAAUGGAAAGGUGCAUCCACGCCAUUGAUCUUGUUUUAGUCAAAUGGAGCAAGAACCUUACGAACUUUCCUUUUUGUGGCUCCACUGUUUCUUGCAUUGGAAUCAUAAGUAUGGUGUACAAUGUGACCAAGUUCCUUGAAGACCAUCCUGGUGGGGAUGAAGUUCUCUUGUCUUCCACAGGUAAGGAUGCAACUGAUGAUUUUGAGGACGUGGGUCACAGCGAGAGCGCGAGAGAGAUGAUGGAACAGUACUACGUAGGAGAGAUCGAUCCAACAACAAUCCCAAAGAAAACCAAGUACACUCCUCCUAAGCAGCCUCACUACAAUCAAGACAAGACCUCUGAGUUCAUAAUCAAGAUCCUCCAGUUCCUCGUACCCCUUGCCAUUCUCGGUUUGGCAGUUGGGAUUCGUAUUUACACAAAAUCAGGGUAGUCUUCUUUUUUUCUGAGCAUUACUCCCUUAUAUCUAUAUGUAGAGAGAGAGAGAGCGAGAGAGAGAGAUUUAAGUCUUUACAGAGGACAAAUCUCGAAGCCUCUCCCUUUGUUCCUGUCUCUCUGCUCCCAUCUUUUGUUGUUUGAAUGUAUUUUGCACUGUUUCUUAAGUGUUGUGAUGAAGUUGCAUCUGAACAGCAGUCUUGCAAGAAUGCAACUGAUAUUGAUCUAUAAUUCAUAUUGUGAAAGUUAUGACUUUGAGUGAUCUGUUUGAAGGUAUGGUUUAUUAUUGGCUAAGCCUUAUCAUGCAAUAUUA